UUUAUGUGAACUGCUGUGAGCACCAGGUAGAAACAAGGGUGACUCUGAAAACUGUAAAUCUGUGACUCUGUUAAUGUUUACAAGUCUGUUUAUUCAGCUUUUAUUUUGUAGAAUUAUCAAUAAAAUCUGUCAGAAAGGAGAAAAAAAAAUGUUCUUGAUUGAGUUUCAACCGCAAAAACAAGCUGCGACACGGAGACGGUGUUGGUCAUGACUCACUCGUGCCACCUCCAACACGGGCCACGAACGGCACAUCCGGGCUUAUCCAGCCUCGUGUUCUCCGAGCAAAGGUCAGGGCGGUCCAGCUGCUGAGACAGGCGAUUGUCUUUGGGUGGAGCUGCGCGAGCUGCCCCCGCCGGUGGUCACACCGCAGGUAAAUCUGUCAGUUCUGCUUGAUAGUGAGUGACCGAGUGGAUCCUCCUCCCACGUCAGCGCCAGCGAUCCGCUGCCGAGUUCAAAAGGACAGAAGCCCUGCCCUCCCUCCUGCCAGGCGAGCGCGGAGCGGCGAUCUUUAUCAGGUGCAGGUCCUGCUGGGAGUCGGCCACUGCAGCCUCGGUCAGCCUGGGACAACACUCUCUUCUGCCGGAGCUCGCCCACCCACCGCCGCCAACAUGCCCAAGACGGUCAACGUUCGCGUCACUACGAUGGACGCAGAGCUGGAGUUCUCGUUUCAUCCCAACACCACGGGCAAGAUGCUCUUCGAUCAGGUUUCCAGGACCAUCGGCCUGCGUGAGGUUUGGUACUUCGGGCUGCAGUUCAUUGACAACAGAGGAUUCCUCACAUGGCUGAAUCCCGUGAAGAAGGUGAUGAGUCAGGAUAUGAAGAAGGAGAAUCCCCUGCAGUUCAAGCUCAGGGUGAAGUUUUUCACGGAGGACGUGGCCGAGGAGCUGAUCCAGGACGUGACCCGGAAGCUCUUCUUCCUGCAGGUGAAGGAGGACAUUCUGUCCGAGGAAAUCUACUGUCCCCCAGAGUCCGUGGUGCUGUUGGCCUCCUACGCCGUCCAGGCAAAGUUCGGGGAGUACAACAGGUCGGUGCACGCGCCUGGCUACCUGUCGGCCGAGCGCAUGCUGCCCAAAAGAGUGAUGGAGCAACACAAGCUGACGAAGGAGCAGUGGGAGGAGAGGAUCCAGGUUUGGCACCAGGAGCACAGAUUCAUGAUAAAAGACGAGGCCAUGGUAGAGUACCUGAAGAUCGCCCAGGACCUCGAGAUGUUCGGCGUCAACUUCUUUGAGAUCAAGAACAAGAAAGGCACAGACCUGUGGCUGGGGGUGGACGCGCUGGGGCUCAACAUCUACGCCAAGGAGGACAGGUUGACCCCAAAGAUUGGAUUUCCUUGGAGCGAAAUCAGAAACAUUUCUUUCAAUGACAAGAAAUUCAGCAUCAAGCCCAUAGACAAAAAAGCUCCCGACUUCAUCUUCUACGCUCCACGACUCCGUGUCAACAAGCGCAUCCUGGAGCUGUGCAUGGGAAACCACGACCUGUACAUGCGCCGCCGCAAGGCCGACAGCAUCGAGGUGCAGCAGAUGAAGGCGCAGGCUAAAGAGGAGAGGCUGCAGAAGAAGAGGGAGAGGGAUCAGCUGGAGAGUGAGAAGAGGAGGAGGGAGGACAUGGAGAGGGAGAAGGAGCAGAUGGAGAGAGAUAAGCAGGACCUGAUGAUGAAGCUCCACGAGUUUGAGGAGACGACGAAGAGAGCGGAGAGAGAGCUUCAGGAGCAGCUGGAGCGGGCCAUGAGGCUGGAGGAGGAGAGGAGGAGGGUGGAGCAGGAGGCGGCCCGGCUGGAGGCUGAGAGGAUGGAGGCCAUAAUUGCCAAGGAGGAGCUGGCCAGGCAAGCCGAGGACCAGAUGAAGAGCCAGGAGCAGCUGGCUGCGGAGCUGGCUGAGUACUCCGCUAAGAUCGCUAUGCUGGAGGAGGACAAGAGGAUGAAGGAGGAAGAGGCUGAGUCAUGGCACAGCAAGGCGGUAGAAGUGGAGGAGAGUCUGCUGAAGACGAAGGAGGAGCUGCACACUGUGAGGAACUCCAACUCAGCUCCUGCUGCAGGUUCCUCCUCCUCCUCGGACAGCGAGAGCAACCACGAGCACAGCGAAGAAAACAGCACUUACAGCGCCGAGCUGCAAACGCAGGGCAUCAACGACCACCGCCAGGAGGAGGAGCGGCUCACCGAGGCCGAGAAGAACCAACGCCUGCAGAAACAGCUGAUGGCCCUGAGCUCGGAGCUGGCACACGCCCGAGACGACAACAAGAAGACGGUGAACGACAUGCUCCACGCUGAGAACGUCCGAGCCGGUCGUGACAAGUACAAGACCCUCCGCCAGAUCCGUAUAGGAAAAUGUAGUGAUUACCGGUACAACCACAUGUGA